AUGGAGUGGACCCGGACCGGAGCCCUGCGCUCCGGCUCUCUGCGGCGCACCGACCCCAGUGUGGGGAGGAGAGACCGGCCCGUGAACGACACGGUGGUUCUCCACGACUACAUGGUGUUUCUAUACCGAACACUGUCCAAACUUCAGCGCAGAGACAUGAACGUUUCACGCGGUGCGGGGUUUGCAAACACGGUGACAAGUUUUGUGGACCAGGGAAAAGAUCUUCCAUCUUGGGAGAGCGGUCAGCGUUACAUCUUUGACCUGUCCAGCCUGCCCAGGAUGGAUGAGCUGGUGGAGGCGGAGCUCAGAAUCCUGAGGAAGCCUGCGGUAGACCUCCUGUCUGUCCUAACAACCGGAGGAAACCUUUACAACAUCCGUCUGUACUCUUGCUCUCCCAAGGGCGCGUCUGAUCGACAGCUCCUGGACUCCAGAACUGUGGAGGUUCUGGAUGGCGGUCUGCCCAGGUGGGAGGUGUUUGAUGUCUGGUCCAGCAUGAAGGCUCGUCAAAGGAAUCCCACAGAACCAACGCAGGCCUGCUUCCACCUCCUGGCCCUGUCUGAGCUGACACAUGAGGCGGCUGACCCGCUGCUCCUGGGGCUGGGUCGCCACGCUCGGCUGCCACAGGAGAGAGCUUUGCUGGUGGCUUUCUCGCACGCUGGCCCCAACGACAAUCUGUUCAAAGAGAUGAUGGAGAAGAUGAAGAAUGAGGGAGGUGGAUUUCGUCUCUCUAAGCCUCUCAAACCUAUUCCAAAAGCUGAAAAGAUGCACCGGAAGCAUCGCCAAAGAGCCUUGUCCAAACGGUCAUUUGGUGGGACAGGGGGAGGUACUGGAGGGAAAACUGGACACAGGAGGAACCGCUGCAGCCGUAAACCCCUCCAUGUGAACUUUAAAGGUCUGGGCUGGGACGACUGGAUCAUUGCCCCACUGGACUACGAGGCGCACCACUGCGAUGGGGUUUGUGGCUUCCCCCUGCGCUCCCACCUGGAGCCCACCAACCACGCCGUCAUCCAGACUCUUUUGAACUCCAUGGACCCAGAUAUCAGUCCGCCUAGCUGCUGCGUCCCCUCCAAGCUCAGUCCCAUCAGCAUCCUCUACAUUGACUCAGGCAACAAUGUGGUCUAUAAGCAGUACGAGGACAUGGUGGUGGAGAGCUGUGGAUGCCGGUAGCACCAAGAACGCUGGUUGAACAAACACAUGUGAAUGUCCUUCCAACAUUCAUUUAAUACUUUACUA